GUCACGGCAGCCCCAGCAGCCUGGGCCCCGCCGCCGCCUCCGCGGCAGCCCCGGUCGGCGCAAGUGCGGCGCGCGCUGGGGGAGGGGGCGCGGCGGAGCGCGAGGCUGGCGUCGGGCCGCCGCGGGAUUAAGUUUCUCAGUCACGCGUGAGUGUCCGUGCGUUUUGAUCCCGAAGCUCCUCGCCAGGCCGUUACUUCAGAAGAGAAGACAGCGAGCGUGGGCGAGGCGAGGCAUCCAGAGGCCCCGGCGACCCCUGCUCUCUAGUCCUCCGCCCCCUCACGUCCCGGCCCUGGGCGGGCGCCGCGAGCCGGAGGCACAAAGGCUGGGCUAUUCUUCCCUGCAGUCACAUGGAAAUCAAGCGGAGACUGCGGGGGAGGAGAAGUGGCCAGGCGCCGGCGGGAGGUGGAGGCCGCUGCGCAGUCACUGGGGGCGAGUGGGGGCCCCUGGAGACCUCUACUCCGCGGUGCGGCUUUUGAGGUUGAGUUGCAGGUUGGCUACAUUUUGUAUGUUUGGAAACGUACAAAGUGCUCUGAAUUUCAUGAAAUAUUUUGAGGCAAAGUUGGACCGGAAUGUCCCCAAAUAUGGUAGAGCAAAUAGCACAUCUGCCAGAGAAAGAUCCUACACUUUAUAAAGAGAAGAAGCAGACAACUUCCUGGUGAAUUUAGGACUGCUUGAUGAAAUUGUUACAGUGACCCCAGCCUUCAGCAACCACCACCCGUCAGUCAGCAGCCAUCAACACAAAGGCAAGACCCUCCACCAGCACGAAGACUAUGACUCACUGAAGGCUCAGAUGAUCACUAGCAUUUUUUGACAGUAAACUUUUUAAAUAAAGAGUUCCAUUUUAAUUGCUGUUAAUCAUUUCAGAGAAGAACACUGAACUUUGAAAAAAAUGUUGGAAGCCAUUGACAAAAAUCGGGCCCUGCAUGCAGCAGAGCGCUUGCAAACCAAGCUGCGAGAACGUGGGGAUGUAGCAAAUGAAGACAAACUGAGCCUUCUGAAAUCAGUCCUGCAGAGCCCUCUCUUCAGUCAGAUUCUGAGCCUUCAGACUUCUGUACAGCAGCUGAAAGACCAGGUAAAUAUUGCAACUUCAGCAACUUCAAAUGUUGAAUAUGCCCACGUUCCUCAUCUCAGCCCAGCUGUGAUUCCUACUCUGCAAAAUGAAUCGUUUUUAUUAUCCCCAAACAAUGGGAAUCUGGAAGCACUUACAGGAUCUGGUAUUCCACACAUUAAUGGGAAACCUGCUUGUGAUGAAUUUGAUCAGCUUAUCAAAAAUAUGGGCCAGGGUCGCCAUGUAGAAGUUUUUGAGCUCCUCAAACCUCCAUCUGGAGGCCUUGGGUUUAGUGUUGUGGGACUAAGAAGUGAAAACAGAGGAGAGCUGGGAAUAUUUGUACAAGAGAUACAAGAGGGCAGUGUGGCCCAUAGAGAUGGAAGAUUGAAAGAAACUGAUCAAAUUCUUGCUAUCAAUGGACAGGCUCUUGAUCAGACAAUUACACAUCAGCAGGCUAUCAGCAUCCUGCAGAAAGCCAAAGAUACUGUCCAGCUAGUUAUUGCCAGAGGCUCAUUGCCUCAGCUUGUCAGCCCCAUAGUUUCGCGUUCUCCAUCUGCAGCCAGCACAAUUUCAGCUCACUCUAAUCCGGUUCACUGGCAACACGUGGAAACUAUUGAAUUGGUGAAUGAUGGAUCUGGUUUGGGAUUUGGCAUCAUAGGAGGAAAAGCAACUGGUGUGAUAGUAAAAACCAUUCUGCCUGGAGGAGUAGCUGAUCAGCAUGGGCGUUUAUGCAGUGGAGACCACAUUCUAAAGAUUGGUGACACAGAUCUAGCAGGAAUGAGCAGUGAGCAAGUAGCACAAGUCCUUAGGCAAUGUGGAAAUAGAGUUAAGUUGAUGAUUGCAAGAGGUGCCAUAGAAGAACAUACAGCACCCACUGCUUUGGGCAUCACCCUCUCCUCAUCCCCAACUUCAACGCCAGAGUUGCGGGUUGAUGCUUCUACUCAGAAAGGUGAAGAAAGUGAGACAUUUGAUGUAGAACUCACUAAAAAUGUCCAAGGAUUAGGAAUUACCAUUGCUGGCUACAUUGGAGAUAAAAAAUUGGAACCUUCAGGAAUCUUUGUAAAGAGCAUUACAAAAAGCAGUGCCGUUGAGCAUGAUGGAAGAAUCCAAAUUGGAGACCAAAUUAUAGCAGUAGAUGGCACAAACCUUCAGGGUUUUACUAAUCAGCAAGCAGUAGAGGUAUUGCGACACACAGGACAAACUGUGCUCCUGACACUAAUGAGGAGAGGAAUGAAGCAGGAAGCCGAGCUCAUGUCAAGGGAAGACGUCACAAAAGAUGCAGAUUUGUCUCCUGUUUAUGGCAGCAUAAUCAAAGAAAAUUAUGAAAAAGAUGAAGAUUCUCUAUCUUCGAGGAGAAACACCAACAUAUUACCAAUUGAAGAAGAAGGGUAUCCAUUACUGUCAGCUGAGAUAGAAGAAAUAGAAGAUGCACAAAAACAAGAAGCCGCCCUGCUGACAAAAUGGCAAAGGAUUAUGGGAAUUAACUAUGAAAUAGUGGUGGCCCAUGUGAGCAAGUUUAGUGAGAACAGUGGAUUGGGGAUAAGCCUGGAAGCAACAGUGGGACAUCAUUUUAUCCGAUCUGUUCUACCAGAGGGUCCUGUUGGACACAGCGGAAAGCUUUUUAGUGGAGAUGAGCUUUUGGAAGUAAAUGGCAUAACUUUACUUGGGGAAAAUCACCAAGAUGUGGUGAAUAUCUUAAAAGAACUGCCUAUAGAAGUGACAAUGGUGUGCUGUCGUCGAACUGUGCCACCCACCACCCAAUCAGAAUUGGAUAGCCUGGACUUAUGUGAUAUUGAGCUAACAGAAAAGCCUCAUGUAGAUCUAGGUGAGUUCAUCGGGUCAUCAGAGACAGAGGAUCCAGUGCUGGCGAUGACUGAUGUGGGUCAGAGUACAGAAGAGGUUCAAGCACCUUUGGCCAUGUGGGAGGCUGGCAUUCAGCACAUAGAGCUGGAGAAAGGGAGCAAAGGACUUGGUUUUAGCAUUUUAGAUUAUCAGGAUCCAAUUGAUCCAGCAAGCACUGUGAUUAUAAUUCGUUCUUUGGUGCCUGGCGGCAUUGCUGAAAAGGAUGGACGACUUCUUCCUGGUGACCGACUCAUGUUUGUAAAUGAUGUUAACUUGGAAAACAGCAGUCUUGAGGAAGCUGUAGAAGCACUGAAGGGAGCACCAUCAGGAACUGUGAGAAUAGGAGUUGCUAAGCCUUUACCCCUUUCACCAGAAGAAGGUUAUGUUUCUGCUAAGGAGGAUUCCUUUCUUUACCCACCACACUCCUGUGAGGAAGAAGGGCUGGCUGACAAACCCCUCUUCAGGGCUGACUUGGCUCUGGUGGGCACAAAUGAUGCUGACUUAGAUGAAUCCACAUUUGAGUCUCAAUACUCUCCUGAAAAUGACAGCAUCUACUCUACUCAAGCCUCUAUUUUAUCUCUUCAUGGCAGUUCUUGUGGUGAUGGCCUGAACUAUGGUUCUUCCCUUCCAUCAUCUCCUCCUAAGGAUAUUAUUGAAAAUUCUUGUGAUCCCGUACUUGAUCUGCAUAUGUCUCUGGAGGAACUAUAUACCCAGAACCUCCUGCAAAGACAGGAUGAGAAUACACCUUCGGUGGACAUAAGUAUGGGGCCUGCUUCUGGCUUUACUAUAAAUGACUACACACCUGCAAAUGCUAUUGAACAACAAUAUGAAUGUGAAAACACAAUAGUGUGGACUGAAUCUCAUUUACCAAGUGAAGUUAUAUCAAGUGCAGAACUUCCUUCUGUGCUACCCGAUUCAGCUGGAAAGGGCUCUGAGUACCUGCUUGAACAGAGCUCCCUGGCCUCUAAUGCUGAGUGUGUGAUGCUUCAAAAUGUAUCUAAAGAAUCUUUUGAAAGGACUAUUAAUAUAGCAAAAGGCAAUUCUAGCCUAGGAAUGACAGUUAGUGCUAAUAAAGAUGGCUUGGGGAUGAUCGUUCGAAGCAUUAUUCAUGGAGGUGCCAUUAGUCGAGAUGGCCGGAUUGCCAUUGGGGACUGCAUCUUGUCCAUUAAUGAAGAGUCUACCAUCAGUGUAACCAAUGCCCAGGCACGAGCUAUGUUGAGAAGACAUUCUCUCGUUGGCCCUGACAUAAAAAUUACUUAUGUGCCUGCGGAACAUUUGGAAGAGUUCAAAAUAAGCUUGGGACAACAAUCUGGAAGAGUAAUGGCAUUGGAUAUUUUUUCUUCAUACACUGGCAGAGACAUUCCAGAAUUACCAGAGCGAGAAGAGGGAGAGGGUGAAGAAAGCGAACUUCAAAACACUGCAUAUAGCAAUUGGAAUCAGCCCAGGCGGGUGGAACUCUGGAGAGAACCAAGCAAAUCCUUAGGCAUCAGCAUUGUUGGUGGACGAGGGAUGGGGAGUCGGCUAAGCAACGGAGAAGUGAUGAGGGGCAUUUUCAUCAAACAUGUUCUGGAAGAUAGUCCAGCUGGCAAAAAUGGAACCUUGAAACCUGGAGAUAGAAUCGUAGAGGUGGAUGGAAUGGACCUCAGAGAUGCAAGCCAUGAACAAGCUGUGGAAGCCAUUCGGAAAGCAGGCAACCCUGUAGUCUUUAUGGUACAGAGCAUUAUAAACAGACCAAGGAAAUCCCCUUUGCCUUCCUUGCCGCACAACCUUUACCCUAAGUACAACUUCAGCAGCACUAACCCAUUUGCUGACUCUCUACAAAUCAACGCUGACAAGGCACCCAGUCAGUCAGAGUCAGAGCCAGAGAAGGCUCCAUUGUGCAGUGUGCCCCCACCCCCUCCUUCAGCCUUUGCAGAAAUGGGUAGUGAUCACACACAGUCAUCUGCAAGCAAAAUCUCACAAGAUGUGGACAAAGAGGAUGAGUUUGGUUACAGCUGGAAAAAUAUCAGAGAGCGUUAUGGAACCCUAACAGGCGAGCUGCAUAUGAUUGAACUGGAGAAAGGUCAUAGUGGUUUGGGCCUAAGUCUUGCUGGGAACAAAGACCGAUCCAGGAUGAGUGUCUUCAUAGUGGGGAUUGAUCCAAAUGGAGCUGCAGGAAAAGAUGGUCGAUUGCAAAUUGCAGAUGAGCUUCUAGAGAUCAAUGGUCAGAUUUUAUAUGGAAGAAGUCAUCAGAAUGCCUCAUCGAUCAUUAAAUGUGCCCCUUCUAAAGUGAAAAUAAUUUUUAUCAGAAAUAAAGAUGCAGUGAAUCAGAUGGCCGUAUGUCCUGGAAAUGCAGUGGAACCUUUGCCUUCUAAUUCAGAAAAUCUUCAAAAUAAGGAGACAGAGCCAACUGUUACUACUUCUGAUGCAGCUGUGGACCUUAGUUCAUUUAAAAAUGUGCAACAUCUGGAGCUUCCCAAGGAUCAGGGGGGUUUGGGUAUUGCUAUCAGCGAAGAAGAUACACUCAGUGGAGUCAUCAUAAAGAGCUUAACAGAGCAUGGGGUAGCAGCCACGGAUGGACGACUCAAAGUCGGAGAUCAGAUAUUGGCUGUAGAUGAUGAAAUUGUUGUUGGUUACCCUGUUGAAAAGUUUAUUAGCCUUCUGAAGACAGCAAAGACGACAGUAAAACUUACCAUCCAUGCUGAGAAUCCAGAUUCCCAGGCUGUUCCUUCAGCAGCUGGUACAGCCAGUGGAGAAAAAAAGAACAGCUCCCAGUCUCUGAUGGUCCCACAGUCUGGCUCCCCGGAACCGGAGUCCAUCCGAAAUACAAGCAGAUCAUCAACACCAGCAAUUUUUGCUUCUGAUCCUGCAACCUGCCCCAUUAUCCCUGGCUGCGAAACAACCAUCGAGAUUUCCAAAGGGCGAACGGGGCUGGGCCUGAGCAUCGUUGGGGGUUCAGACACGCUGCUGGGUGCCAUUAUUAUCCAUGAAGUUUAUGAAGAAGGAGCAGCAUGUAAAGAUGGAAGACUCUGGGCUGGAGAUCAGAUCUUAGAGGUGAAUGGAAUUGACUUGAGAAAGGCCACACAUGAUGAAGCAAUCAAUGUCCUGAGACAGACGCCACAGAGAGUGCGCCUGACACUCUACAGAGAUGAAGCCCCAUACAAAGAGGAGGAAGUGUGUGACACCCUCGCUAUUGAGCUGCAGAAGAAGCCGGGAAAAGGCCUAGGAUUAAGUAUUGUUGGUAAAAGAAACGAUACUGGAGUAUUUGUGUCAGACAUUGUCAAAGGAGGAAUUGCGGAUGCCGAUGGAAGACUGAUGCAGGGAGACCAGAUAUUAAUGGUGAAUGGGGAAGACGUUCGUAAUGCCACCCAGGAAGCGGUUGCCGCUUUGCUAAAGUGUUCCCUAGGCACAGUAACCUUGGAAGUUGGAAGAAUGAAAGCUGGUCCAUUCCAUUCAGAGAGGAGGCCGUCUCAAAGCAGCCAGGUGAGUGAAGGCAGCCUGUCAUCUUUCACUUUUCCACUCUCUGGAUCCAGUACAUCUGAGUCACUGGAAAGUAGCUCAAAGAAGAAUGCAUUGGCAUCUGAAAUACAGGGAUUAAGAACAGUUGAAAUAAAAAAGGGCCCUACUGACUCACUGGGAAUCAGCAUCGCUGGAGGAGUAGGCAGCCCACUUGGUGACGUGCCUAUAUUUAUUGCAAUGAUGCACCCAACUGGAGUUGCAGCACAGACCCAAAAACUCAGAGUUGGGGAUAGGAUUGUCACUAUCUGUGGCACAUCCACUGAGGGCAUGACUCACACCCAAGCAGUUAACCUACUGAAAAAUGCAUCUGGCUCCAUUGAAAUGCAGGUGGUUGCUGGAGGAGAUGUGAGUGUGGUCACAGGUCAUCAGCAGGAGCCUGCAAGUUCCAGUCUUUCUUUCACUGGGCUGACGUCAAGCAGUAUAUUUCAGGAUGAUUUAGGACCUCCUCAAUGUAAGUCUAUUACACUAGAGCGAGGACCAGAUGGCUUAGGCUUCAGUAUAGUUGGAGGAUAUGGCAGCCCUCAUGGAGACUUACCCAUUUAUGUUAAAACAGUGUUUGCAAAGGGAGCAGCCUCUGAAGACGGACGUCUGAAAAGGGGCGAUCAGAUCAUUGCUGUCAAUGGGCAGAGUCUAGAAGGAGUCACCCAUGAAGAAGCUGUUGCCAUCCUUAAACGGACAAAAGGCACUGUCACACUGAUGGUUCUCUCUUGAAUUGGCUGCCAGAAUUGAACCAACCCAACCCCUAGCUCACCUCCUACUGUAAAGAGAAUGGACUGGUCCUGACAUUUUUUAUGCUGUGUUCAGCCGGGUCUUCAAAACUGUAGAGGGGAAAUAACACUUAAGUUUGUUUUUCUCAUAUACAAAUGCUUUCCUUACUGACAACCUAAUAUCAUUUUUCUUUUCUUCUCGCAUUUUGUGAACUUAAAGUCAGAGAGAAGGAAUAUUUGUGUAGGUGAAUCUCGUUUUUAUUUGUGAAGAUAUCUAAUGUUUUGUAGUCACAUGGGCAAGAAUUAUUACAUGCUAAGCUGGUUAGUAUAAAGAAAGAUAAAUUCUAAGGCUAACCAAAGAAAAUGGCUUCAGUAAAUUAGGAUGAAAAAUGAAAAUAUAAAAUAAAGAAGAAAAUCUCGGGGAGUUUAAAAAAAUUGCCUCAAUUUGGCAAUCUACCUCCUCUCCCCACCCCAAACUAAAAAAAAGAAAAAAAAGUUUUCUAAUGAAAAUCUUUAAAAAUGCUGUCAGUAUUUUAAAAUUUUCAAUACAGUAUUAUAAAAACAUUGCAUCUCCCCACCUCUAAUAUGCAUACAUAUUUUUCCUGCUAAAAUUGGUUUCUAGAAUUGAGUAAAUGGCAAAUAUAUGAAGCAAUGUCCCUACAUUUUAUAAAGAAAUUAUAUUUAAUGCACAUUUCAAUUUUCAUUUUUAUUUUUGACCUUUUAUAAAAUAUUUUCAUGUUGCUAUGAGUAAAUGAUGAUGCCACCCCAUGUUGACUAUGGUUUUUCUAGAAAGCAACUAUGCUGCUAACCAUAGAGGAACAUAGAAGGGUUCCAGAAUCUUUAGUGCUGGUUUUAACAACCGAUGCAACAUUAAAAAUGUGUUUGUUAGUGUGCUGUGCAAUUGGUUUUCAAUUCGUAUUAAUCUUAAUGACAGAGAACAAUGUGUUACUAAUUAUUUUGGUUGUAUGCCAUUAGUAAAUUGAUAGAAAAAUUAAGGGGAUUAACAUAACUUCAUUUCAUUGCCUUAUAUUAACAUCUGAUAAUACAAUAGUUUAAGACUAAGGGAAACAGAUGGAGCUGUUUAUUGAGACAACUGGUGAGGAAUUAUCAUGUGUUCAUUCCCAUUUUAGAGCGUGAAACUCCUACAUUAGAAUAUAUAAAGUCACUUUAAAUAUUAUCUAUAUUUGUAACAGAAGUAGUGUACAGAUAUUUUAUUACAGCAUUUUUGUGUAAAUGCAGAAUUAAAGUGAAUAAAUAAGAAUUUUCAGUGGUGCACAAA